AUGAACCAAUCAUCGUCUGAACACAGUUCAUCGACAUUACCGAAAACUGAUUCCGAUGCGUAUCGACUCGAACAGGAACACGUUCAUAAAGUAUACAAUGAAAUCGCUCAUAAAUUCAGUGACUCACGCUAUAAGCCAUGGCCACAAGUCGUUGAGUUUCUGCAAACAUUCCCCGGUGCUUCCUACGUUCUUGAUAUUGGAUGUGGGAAUGGAAAAUAUUUGAAUGUUAGAAAAGACUUGCUCAUGAUUGGUUGUGAUCGAAGUGAAGGCCUAUUGGAAAUAUGUCGUGAACGACAUUAUCAAGUCUUUCUUUCUGAUUGUAUGGCCAUUCCUGUGCCUGAAAAUACUUUCGAUGGUGUAAUUUGUAUCGCUGUAAUUCAUCACAUGAGCACCGACAAUCGACGAUUGAAGGCUCUAAAAGAGAUCGUUCGGAUAAUGAAGGUCAAUGGUCAAGCAUUGGUAACUGUUUGGGCGAAAGAACAAGAAAUUAACGAGAAGAAAAGUACAUAUAUUCGUAAAUCCGUGAAAUCUAUGACAUCAUCAGAAAAUGAAUCUUCUAUUGCGACCGAUAAUGAACUGGCAGUUCAUACACCGCGCACGAAAUUUCAACGCUCCGAUUGUCUUGUUCCGUGGAUAAAACUAACUGCGACCUAUCUACGAUAUUGUCAUGUUUUUGUUCAAAAUGAAUUAGAUAAUCUCUUGAAACAACUUUCAAAUAUCGAAAUCUUGAAAUCGUACAAUGACGAUGGAAAUUGGUGUACGAUAUUUCGAAAAACUGCUUAG